CCUUUCAAGAUUGCAAUCACGCGGCAUUAUUUGGAGAUGAAGCAGAAGGUGCGCGUGUUCUCUCCUUUUAUCCAGACUAGAAUUUAACUUCAUUUCUUUUUUUUUUGACAUCGCUUUAUUUAGCCCAACAAGGUUUAUGACUUAAUUGCAUUUGCACCAUCCGCCUCCCCUCCCCUCUCCUCCUCUGGGGAUGUCACCUCAGCCGAUACUGUCGCGAUUUUGUAUGAUUUGGAAGGAGUGAGGCAACUGGGCAUCCCGGUCAGGAGGGUGAUGGACGAUGCGCGGUCCAUUUGGGCCACCGAGACACGCGCGCGCCUCCCAGUCCUGAAUGUAGCAGCGGCGGAGCGAGACACCGAGCAGGGUGUCACCGUCAGCUCCGGAUGCUGCGCCGCAGAAUCGGAUACACCGACCCGUCGUCGGGUAAAGACAUCCUUGGCAAUCGGUCCCUUUGUUUCAUGUUUAUUUGCGCCUUUGCACUGGUGACACUGUUGCAGCAGAUUCUCUAUGGGAAAAACUACAUUAAGAGUGCGCAACAGUUUAGCCGACUCAAAGGGGACGAGACAGGAAAUUGGAGCGGUCCCGUUAAUUUCUCGGAUGACGGAUCUCUGAAGCCCGCCAGAAAUGGAAGGAAAAGAUGUUUCCGUCAGCAUUUUCAGCCAGAUUCACAGAUCGCCGUAAUAGUCACACCCUGCCUAGCCGAUAUUAAGAAGAAAAACAAACGCUCUCACAGGUAUUUGGGAAACUAUGAUGGGCCCUUUGCGUACAACUCGACAACAUGCAAAGAGCUCAGACAGGAGAUUAUGGACGUCAAAGUCCUGACAAUAAACAAUAAUCGGAAAAUACACGGUCAUGGGUAUCCUUCUUCAUUCCACAAGUCUCUCUGCCUGUCUGCCAGGGUCAAAACCUCUGAUCUGUUUGAGAGAUGGCGCAACCUGCAGGUGUGUAAGUGGGAGCAGAGCAAGGAGGAGACCAGUAACUUCAAGAUGUCGCUAUCUCGCUGCUGCAACGCUCCUUCCUUCCUGUUCACCACCAAGAGGAACACCCCCGCCGGGACCAAGCUGCGGUACGAGGUGGACACCAGCGGCAUCCUUCCCAUCACCACCGAGGUCUUCAAGAUGUUCCCAGAUGAUAUGCCAUACUCCAAAUCCCAGUACAAGAAAUGUGCCGUGAUCGGAAACGGUGGCAUCAUCAAGAACAGCAAGUGCGGAAAGGACAUUGACUCAGCAGACUUUGUGUUCAGAUGCAACAUACCGCCCGUCAGUGAGAAAUACUCAGCUGACGUCGGUACAAAAACGGAUCUGGUCACGGUAAAUCCGAGCAUUAUCACCGAGAGGUUCCAGAAACUGGAGAAAUGGCGGCGCCCCUUCUACGACGUCCUGCUGAACUACGAGAACUCGUCCGUGGUCCUCCCGGCGUUCUACAACACGCGCAACACGGACGUGUCCUUCCGAGUCAAGUACAUGCUGGACGACUUCGACUCGCAGCGGGGCGUCUUCUUCUUCCACCCGCAGUACCUGCUCAACGUGCAGCGGUUCUGGGCGGUGCAGGGCGUGAGGGCCAAGCGCCUCAGCAGCGGCCUGAUGCUGGUCACCGCCGCCCUGGAGAUGUGCGAGGAGGUGCACCUCUACGGCUUCUGGGCCUUCCCCAUGAACCCGUCGGGCAUCUUCAUCACGCACCACUACUACGACAACGUCAAGCCGCGGCCGGGCUUCCACGCCAUGCCGCACGAGAUCUUCAACUUCAUCCACAUGCACGCCCGCGGCAUCGUGCACGUGCACACGGGCCCGUGCACGUGAACACGCACUCGGCGGUUUUCCCGGAAUCUCACUGCAGUGGAACCUCCAAAGUGGAAUGUCAUUUUUUCAAAAUGUUCCCAUGUUCUUCAUUUAUUUUGUGAUUUUAUUUUUCAUUAAUAACAAUCUUAUUCGAUUGGGAAUUCAUUUAUUUACUAUAUUAUAAUAUUGAAUUAUAAUUUAUUUUUUAUUAAUUACGGUUCAAUAUGUUCAAGUCUUAUAUUUGUUUAAAUAUACUACAGUAUUUAUUUAUUCAAACUAUUUAAUUAUUGUAAAUUACAAUAAAAUUAAUAAAUACAAAAUGUUAUUUUUUUAUUUGUUAUAAUAUUGUAAUGUUAUGUACUAUGUUAUUUGUAAAAAAGCAUAAUUAUUGUAAAAUGUAUUUAAAAUAACAAUUGUAUAUUAUAACAAUUAAUAAAACAUAUUAAUUAUUAAUAAUCCAAAUUAAAUACAGUUUUAAUUCAGUAACACAUUUAUUUUAAUGUAUUACAUAUUACACCAUUAAAUAAUGAAAUAUUUUAUUUUAUUCACUAGACUAUUCUAACAUGUUUUAAUAUACAUUUUAAUUUGGGACAAUUAUUUUUCGAUUAUGCAUUUUAAUCAAUUAAUAAAUAAUAAAAUAUUGUCCACUGUAUAUUUAAUUAAUUAUAUAUUUUUUCAAUAUGGUAAAACAAAUUUUUUUUAAUUCGCCAGCCAUUUUUAAAGUAACACUUUAACACAGAGAAGUUAACCACCAAAUACUAAGUUCAAACUAACAUCCAACUAAAAUAAAGCAAAAUCACUUGCCCUUUGAAGAUGCCCAACAGACAUACAGCAUGGUAGCGCAUGUAAGGUAUUUUUACCGAGGUUUACUUUGGAGGUUCCACUGAUGGUUUCUGGCUUUAAUGGACGUCAUUUCAGACCAAUUCAAAGCUCUUUGGCCACUGCAGGCUUGUUUUUCACUGUGGUUUUCAUGUGCUCUUUUUCUUGAUGUUGAUGUUGUUCUUGUGAUGUUUUCUAGUGGCUCCGCUGAACAGAUGUGUUCUUUUCUACUAGUUGCUGUACUCGUCGAAACACGGCGGGCGUGGCAGCUUUCCAUGUUUGUGUAUAAAAAAAAAAAAAAAAAAAAGCAUUUCCAAAUGUUUAAAAAAGCAGCACCCGAUUGUCUACUGUACUUUUGUAAUCAAUUUGAUUGUUCCCCCACAUUGACAGGGAGAAUUUUUUUUUAAUUGGCCUGUUUCCAGUGGCCUUAUCGGGAAAUGUCCUCGCGGUGUGCGAAGAGAGGCAGCAAUGGGAUUUCUUUUCUUUUAUUUGAUUUACAGUAAUGCGCCGCUGCAUGUGUUGCAUAUUGCUUUUUGAAGUAUCCAUUGGCCUCAGUCCAGCGGUUCUCAAACUGAAAAGGUUUCUUAGCUCUCCGAGCGUAGCAGGCCUAACUGUUCAUCAAAAACAGGGCAGAGGUUUCAUUGCUAAAAUGUACAUUUAAUAUUAUUGUAAACCGCUGUAACAUUCUGCAGUCUCAACAUUGACACUGUUCUUAAAUGAUUUAAUUAAAAUGUAUUGCACAUAAAAGUCUAAUAAAAACUGGACCCAAUGGACAUUUUAAAACAAACACUUCUUAAAGAUUAAAUACAAUUAUAUUGUUGUACCGUAAAAGUUAACUACAACUGAACUAUACUUAGAAAAAUGUACUGUACUGUACAUGAGAUGUUGAACAGUUUGAACAUUAAGACUCCACUUAACGUAAAUUGAAGCAGAUAAAAACAAUAUGAAACUUGCUGUGCUUUUUAUAUGGGUCUUCCAUGGACUAAAUGUAAAUGAAAUGUAAGAUUUGAGAUACAGUGGGACCUUAUAUUACCAGUGCACCAACUUAGAAAUUUCCUGACAAAUUCCUAACUUCUAACUUUUUUUUUUAGCAAAUAGCUGGGGAUAGUUUCCACAACCGAAAAAAAAAAACCGAGAAUAGGCGGGGCAUUACCGUAUUUAGCUUAUCAUGUUAUGCCAUGCUGCCUUAUGACAUCACACUCUCAAUCCAAUAUGCAAAUCUCAUCCGUAUUCCCGAAGUUUGUCCCUCAAACAACUCAAAGGACGCGUUGGCCUGGUUUAAGACUCCACACAUUGUUACACGUCACUCCAUAUACUUGUUGUGCAUGAUGUGCUCUCAAAGCUUUUUUUUUUUUUUUGUGUGUGUGUGUGCCUGCUUCAGUGCCCACAGAAUUACGUUUACACUCACAGAAAGCUUUUCGUCCAAGAGAUUGUUCAACUAGUGGACGCAGGUCGUAUUUAAGCAGAGCUGAAUCGAAGUUCGCUCACAUUCGACCGCUGUAGUAUAUCGACAUCUUGCUACAGUUUCGCGGGCGAAAUAUGAGUUGCGCCACCAUAUUAACGGCUGCUGGAAAUGAGACAAGGCGCAAAAACAAUGGGACCACACUGUGUAAUCAGUGAAGGGAAAAGAAACAGUGCUUGGCUCUGUAGAAUCACGUGUUUAUGAAUAAACUGGUUUGGAUUUUUGUCUUCCUUCUA